UUGAUCAUCGCUCUUUCGCAAAAGGACGACCUUGACGUAAUAUCUGCUUUUGGACAUACGCCAGACACCACAAUCAUGACUAGUCGCAAGCGCAAUGAAUUCCUGGACCACGAGCUCAGCGAUGAGGAGGACGUCGGCUACAAUUCAGAGGAUCAGGAAGAAAGCCGUGGCGCGCGAUCAAUCAAGCGACGACGAGUGGAUCAAGACUCUGACGACGACUCACAAGCCGACUUCGACGAGGAGGACGAGGAAGCUUUCGACAAGACGAAAGAAGACGAUGAAGACGACAACGACAACCUCGAAGACGCAACGGAUGCCACAUCAACCAAAGAGAAGACCGUAAAGCCACUCACCCAAAAACAACUCCUCAAAUCGCAAAAGGCAGCCAAGAAGACCGGCGUAAUCUACAUUUCCCGCAUCCCUCCAUUCAUGAAGCCCGCGACUCUAAAACACUACCUCACACCCUACGGCGAAAUCGGGCGCGUAUUCCUGACCCCCGAAGACCCCGUGGCACAAAAACAGCGCGUCCGCAACGGCGGCAACAAGAAAAAGUCCUUCACAGACGGCUGGGUCGAAUUCAUCAACAAAAAAGACGCAAAAGCCGCCGCGGAGACAUUGAACGGCAACAUCAUCGGUGGCAAAAAGGGAAACUUCUAUCACGAUGAUAUGUGGAAUAUGAAGUAUUUGACGGGUUUUAAAUGGAGUCAUUUGACCGAGCAGAUUGCGAAUGAGAAUGCGGAGCGUGCUGCUAGGUUGAGGGCUGAAGUUGCCAGAACGAGGAGGGAGAAUAAGAGUUUCGUGGAGGAUGUGGAGAGGAGUAAGAUGUUGGAGGGUAUGCGGGCGAAGAAGGCUGCUCAGGCGGAUAGGGCUGGUGCCGCUCCUGCUAAGCCUGUAGGAAGAGUGAGGGAGUUGACGAGAGAUUUCAAGCAGAAUGAGGUCAAGAGUAAGAGGAUCAAGGAUUCGAGCAAGUCGGAACAGAGCGAGGAUGUGCAAAGGGUGUUGAGCAAGAUCUUUUAG